UUUCUCACCCCCCACCUAUUUCAUCGUUUCUUUUCAUGAUCUCCCCACCUCUCAAAUGGCUGACGGCAAUCGAUUUGUGAUAUUGUUUGAAUAAAAAAGGACGCUGCUCACACUUUUUACCGUCGCGAUCGGCCCCGACGUGAACUUUCAAAUAAUGGCUAUCUAAAAGGGUGAGAAACGGCCGCGGCGCGUUUUAUUACUGGCGGUGAUAAGCUGCCAGGCUGGCGUCCACACAAGGCGAGAUCAGAGUGGGACCGUCCCACCAGGCUCGGUUGCCUGAUAUAGUGGUCGACAACGGUGUGGAGAAGCGCGUGGAGACACCAGAGAAAGUGCGGGAGGAGCUGCGAUGGAUGCCGAAUGUGGUGGUGGACACAGAUUUGCGCAUGUUCUUGAGUGGUGCCCGUUCGAUUGCUGCCUUCCAAGGUUUGUGUGACGGUGCGUCUCCUGAGGACGGUUACCUCUUGGCAUCGCGCGACGAUAUCUCCCUCAACGCUCACAGUGUGCUUCAUGACUCUGGUUACAAUCACGGCAAAGCCCUGGAUGCCCUUGCGAAGUGCCCCGCGCCUGACGGCAUUGACAAAAAGUGGUCCGAAGAAGAAACUAAACGUUUCGUGAAAGGACUACGCCAGUUUGGCAAAAAUUUCUUCAGGAUCCGCAAAGAUUUGCUUCCACACAAGGAUACUUCUGAACUAGUGGAAUACUACUACCUGUGGAAAAAGACCCCAGGUGCCAACAACAAUCGUCCUCACAGACGGAGACGCCAGGGCUCCCUCAGACGUAUUCGCAACACGAGAAACUCACGACUCCCUAAGGAGUCGGAUUCCAGUGUGGGUUCGUCAAGACCGAGUUCUAAAGAGCAGAGCGAGGGGGCUGGGAGCUCUGCAAGCGAGGAAGAGAACUCUGAGGAUGACUCUGAGGGACCUACUGGCUUCCAAUGCAGCCACUGCUUUACGACAACUUCCCGUGAUUGGGCGCCGCUCAACAAAGAGCAGAAAAGCCCAAUUCUCUGCUCGGAAUGCAGGGCGCACCACAAGAAGAACGGAGAACUGCCACCUGUCCCACCCGCCCCUCCAGGUGGCAGGGAUUCGCGCGACUCACCUUAUCUCUUCAGGCCUGUGCAGCCAGACGAAGCAGCUGCUGCUGCUGCGGCCGCUGCAGGAAGAAUGAGGACUCGCACCAGAGUUAAAGAAGCUCCUGCGAGAGGUGGAAGAAAAAGAGGAAGUGGAACGGACACUCCAGAGAGUGAAGCUGAUAAGAAGUGCAAGUCCCCUAGCGCCUCAAGCAAUUCUUCAUCCCCAAGUGAUAAAAAGAAGAAGAAAACGGAAGCUGCCAAAGCCCUCAAGCGAAGCCAGACUGAGAUGGAAAAUGAGGACGACAAGGAUACCAGCUUUAAACGGAAGAAAGGAGACCAGCCUGAGAGUCCAGCGAGUAGUAUCAGCUCAGACAGUGGCAAUGUUCUGGAUGAGGAUGCGAAUGAAAAUGAGGGAGAAGCUGAGGUGCUCCCUGAGCCUGAAGUUGCCAGCUCCGGCUCAGGUUCACCAGUCAUUGCCACUCCCUUCCCGCCAAGCACUCCUCCAGUGGAACCAGCUACUCCUGCUGAGAAGCCCCUGAUUGUACCUGAGGACAUCAAGAAGGAAGAACCUCAAAUGGACGAGAAACCUCUUAGUGAAGAGGUUGAACCUCCUGUUGCUCCCUCUGAGGCCAAACCAGAGGAAGACGUUAAAGAAAAGGUUGCUGAAAUUGCUCCUGAGGCCCUCAUGCCUGUGAAGGAAGAAGCAACUGUAAUUAAAUUAGAGCCAGUCGACCGGCCUGUAUCUCCUGAAAGGGAAGAAAAGAGCAGGCCCUCGAUUCCUCCACCUCCCUCUCAACUGCUGGUUUCUUCUGGUCCUUUUGGUGGCUUUUUGCCUCCGGGACCGGCUUUUGCUUCAUCUCUGUCAAUGCCUGAGCAAUCAGAGGACAGCAUUAAUCAGAACGAGCCGCAAAACCUGAAGAUCAAGCAGGAAAUCAUCAUUCCUCCCCCACCAACGUCGGACAUGAUGAUUGACCCCUUGCAGCAGCUGAAAGAGGUCAAGGUGCCUGGCUACUCACCAACCAACCUUGUGUCCACUGCCGUGUCCCAACCCCUGCCUCCAAACAGCCAGUCUGUUGAAUCCAGUCCCUUUUCGGCCCUUGACAUUAAGAAAGAAUUGGUUGAGCCCCCAAAAUCACCCAAAGCAGCGAGCAGACCUUGCAGCCCACGAGGCUCUCCAGCUCCGGCCCAGGCAACUCCACCAAUCAGACCUGGACACUCUCCUUUGGCUGGUCGGGCCUCUCCUAGCGCCCCAUCCCCCUCAGCCACCAGCACAGCACCCAUGGUGCCCAUUUCCAGUGCAAUGGGCAUUCCGACCUCGAUGGCCUCGUCUCCGUUCGUGACCCACCCUGCUCUGCUGCACCCAUCACAUCAUCCUGCCCACCACCACGCUCCUCACCCUCUGAGCUACCACCCCUUCCAUCCGCAUCACCACCCUGCCUACCCUUACCCCUAUCCCUUCCCCUACCCUUAUCCACAUUUGCCGCCUCAGCUGCCUCCGCGCAUGCAGUCAGUGCCUCCGAGUGGUGCCCCUGAUGCUGGACCGACGCCCCCGCGACAAGAAGAGCAACAGCCCUCUGCGCCCUCAACUCCGUCGUCCUCGCACAAGAAGCACCACCGAUCAACCCCACCCUCAAGUGGCCACCACUCGUCUUCGAGUUCGUCGCACCACCACCACCACCAGUCUUCGGAAAGGUCCUCUUCAGGACAUCACAAGAUGUCGUCCCACCACCAGUCGCCGGGCUUGAUGAUGCACCCUGGCUCGCAGAUGAUGCCUUCGUCUGCGCCCUCUUCGCUCGAGAGUCUGAGGGCCGCCUCCCACGCCCUCCAGCAGCAACAACAACAGCAGCAGCAGCAACAGCAUUCGCCGCAGGGACCCUCACCCCUUCAUCCUCUGCACCAUAUGCAGCACCAUUUGCCGCCACACAUGUCGAGGCACCCAAUGCUGCCCCCAGAGGAGCCUAAGUCUGAAGCUGACUCCAUAAUUCCUGAAGAAGAGGAGGCACCCAGUCCCAAUCACAUCCCGAGAGGGCCAAGCCCAGAACCCAAAAUUGAGGACACUGAGUGCCACCGUAGCCAAAGCGCGAUAUUUUUGCGCCAUUGGAACCGUGGAGACUACAAUUCUUGUGCACGCACAGAUCUUACUUUCAAGCCAGUGCCUGAUUCAAAGUUGGCCCGCAAGCGCGAAGAGAGAAUGAGAAAGCAAGCUGAGAGAGAGCGAGAGGAACGCGAGAAAGCUGCUGCCCAAGCUGUAAUUGUCAAUUCUAAUUAUAUACCAAUGAAUAAUAUAAAUCUUUUGCAGAGGAAAAUCACAACUCCUGAUAAACAAGAAAACUCGAAGCCCCCCUCGAGAGGUCCAAUCGAAACUAUCACCUCGCCUUAUGAUCGAUUUGCACCAAGACCAGGAUAUCCUGACACGCCAGCUUUAAGACAGUUAAGUGAAUACGCCCGUCCUCACGCCGGAUACUCGCCAGGUGGCAUGCAACGUUCAGGUGGACCCGUGUUGGGUCUCCCACCCCAGUGCAUGGACCCAAUGCUACAGUACCACUUAUCCAACAUGUAUGGACCAGGAACUAGAGAAAGAUUGGAACUGGAACAUUUGGAGCGUGAAAAGCGAGAGAGGGAAAUGCGGGAGCUGCGUGAACGGGAGCUCAACGAUCGGUUGAAGGAAGAGCUGAUGAAGAAUGCUGUCGCCAGUGGAGCACCUCGCCUUCCUAAUCCCCUGGAUCCACAUUGGCUUGAUCUUAAUCGCAGGUAUGCCGCAGGACCGAAUCCCUCUGCAGCAGCAGCAGCCGUCGCCAAUGCCACAGCAGCAGCAGCAGCCAUGCAGCAGUAUGGAAUGUACCCGCCUUCCCUCGGCCCCGGUGGACAGGUUGCUCUCAGCCCCCUGGAAAGAGAAAGAUUAGAACGACUUGGUUAUGGUCGACCAGGCGCUCUGAUACCUCGCGACCCCACCCUAGGAAUCCCUCAUCCUGCAGAUCUGCUAGGUCGCCAGUAUGGAGAUCAAAUUGCUCACCAGUUAACAGCUCAAGCGGAGUUUCAGCGUCAGUUAAUGAUGGAACGGGACCGCUUUGGUCAGAACCCGAUGCACCCUGCUUCCCUCAUGGCGCAGCACGACGAGUACAUGAGGCAACAGCGUGACCGUGAAAUGAAAGUAAGGGCUCUGGAAGAAGCUGCUAGAGGAAGUCGGCCCUGAGGCGAUGAAUGCACAAAGCGUAGGGAAAGAAAUUAAGUUUAAGCGGGUAGCUAGGGGCCUAGUCUCGAUUGACAUCAUGUUUGUAUGUAUAACUCUACGUAAAAAUUAGUUGCACCUUCACUACUUUUCCCUUUCCCAGCCCUUGAGAAAUAUUAACACUAUCAGUAUAAAGAAUGAAUAGAGAUAAUUUCAAUGCUGAUCUAAAUGUUGGAAAUAUUUUCUUGAAUUUAGAGGACAAAAAGAGUAAAACAAUACACAGUAUGCGAAGAGAAGUAAUAUUAUAUCAUGCAUUGACGGAGGUUGUUGGAAACAAAAUGGUGUACUUUAAUGUAAAUAUGGGCAAAAUUGACAAGAAAAAUUUUCGACAGGGCUUGCGACAAAAAUUAUUAUCUAUUGUAGAGCGAGGUAGGACAUAUUGUUAAAAAUUGUAUGCACUUUUUUUCUUGUAAUUGUAAGUGUAACGAUGAUGAAUUUAUGAUUUUUACUCCUACGUCUGGAAUCUAACGUAGAGAUUUUUACCAACUUAAUUUAUUUUUAGUUAAAAAAAUCAUUUGUCUGUUUUUCUGACAAAGGAAUAAUUUAUGUGUAAUUUUCUGCGCAAAUGAGGUUGUAAAUAUAAUGGUAUUUUUUAAUCUCUUCUUGUGGCCAACCAAUCAAUCAAUCUUGUUACUCGGGCUGAUUUUAACAAGAUAUAUUCAGGAAUGCCAUCACCCUGUUCACUGCGUUUAUUUGACUAAUCUCGCACCAACUGUGUUGGUGUCCAUUCUAUUUUUCAACUACAUGAGUUUCACCUCGCAACUUGAGUAGGUAGAAUUUUGCAUUACCUCGGCAACACAUUUUUCUUGCUAACACACAGAAUCUCAAUUUAAUUCUAAAAGAGGCGCUUUCACUGAAAUUCUAACAAAGUACAGAGAAAUUAAAUUAUUAAAGAAUCUACUACUCGCCUUUGAUAAAGAUGGACCUUCGGUAGUUGUUGAAAUUAGCAUCGUUGCAAUAACCAAAGUUGAACAAGUGCAAAUUACCUGGACUUAGAGAAAAAUAUUUGCGCGCGCGACCAAUUCGGAAAGUUCUUUUUUUACUUAAUUUCUGCUAAAAAAAUUUGAAGGGGCCAUGUUAAGAAUUAUAAAAAAAAUUGAUCAAUCAAUCACACACAAAAUGUACACUCUGUCUCUGCAAGAAAUAAAGAAAAGUAAUAUUUGUGUCCCUGAUUUGACGACACCUUAAGUGGCUACAAAUAAAAAUACAUGAUGAGUGUUCCCUUUCACGCAAUACUAUAUUAACAACUAAUUAAUAACAACAAUAAGCAGUAUUUUCAUAGCAAAUAUUUUUUGUUCGAUUAGUGAUGAGUCACAAAUCAUGUGUACAUAACAAGUAUAUUAAUGAAAACAAGUGAAUGAAACGUUGUAAAAUGUAAAACUGAAAGAAACAACCCUUUGUCAACUGCUUUUCGGAUCGGCGGCACCUGUGAGGAGGUUGCUCCGCUCAAACCAAUAAUUUGAGACUAGCGGACGCGGCAGUUUAUUAUUCGACAAUAUUGAAAAAUGAAACAACCUGUGUGCGAAUCAUCUCAGUGCAAUUUCUUAUUUUAUUAUUAACUUAUUAUUUUGAGAAAAUCUUGUUUGAAAAUUUUUGAUCUGCUGCGUUCAAGUCAAGUGAAUCGUAAAACUAUCAGACCCCUGUUAACAAGCGAAUUGGUACAAGUCUCUCACAAUGGAUCUUAUGAGUAAUGAGUAUGUAAUGGAAAAAAUGAUGCAUUUUUCUGCCGUAGAAGUGUAAAAGAAAUGUAAUGUACACAAAGCAGUUGGCUUAGAUGAUGUAUCAAAAAAAUUAAAUCUUACUCGAAAAACCAAAACUGAGGGAUCCAUACCGAAGCCCCUGCUAUUACGGGUCUAUGGUCUCUUAUUCAUAACGUUUGGUUUUACCGAGAAAAUUUUAACACAAAAAACUAUAUUAUGGAUGACCUGUUAAAAUGCUACACAUACAAUUGAAAACUGGAUGUGUGUAAUCAAAAGAGAGCGAAACAUAUAUUAGAAUGAAAGAAACUAUAAACAAGAACUUUUGAAUGCGACUGGAGUUUUUUCACGCUCGCAGUCGAGACGCAAUCAACAGCAAAAAGAAUUAUAUAAAAACAUGUAACAACAAGAACAUCAACUGCGGUUAAUUUUAAUAGUUUUACUUAAUUAUAUACAAUUGCAUAAAAUAUCACAUAUAGGAUGAAGGAUUUCAAGUAGGCAGAAUCCUUUGGUUUUCAACUAUUUAUUUUUCUGUUUGAAUGUGUUUUGACUGAUACAAAAGUGAAUAAAAUUAUUCUAUAAUCAAAUAAA